ACGAUCCUGCCAUUUGAAAUCGGUUUGCUUCGCGUUUUUUCGGAGUAGAUUGAGUAUAUAUAAUAAAUGACUAUUAAACUUUGUUAGUGAACAAUGUUACCAGUAAUUUCAAAUAAUUCGUUCUAAUUCAUUCGUAUUUUAUUAUAUACAGCAAUAUACUUUAGUAUAUGUUUUAUUCAGUAAUAUAUUAAUGGGAUUAUUAACCAAUGUAUUAUACUCGAAUUUUUUGUGUGAAUUGUAUAAAAAGAUAAAUAAGUAUGAAUACUCUAUCUUCACUGUAGCUCAAUGUUUCGCGCCUAAAAUGUCUGUGUAGUUACGUUGGUUGUAUCUGAUCUCUCCUGCAAUUGGAAAUGUCGAAUAUGAUAACCUGUUUCACUCUUUCAUAAAAUUAUAUAAGAUUUGUUUGUCGAAAUGUACUUAUGAAAUUUUUCAAUCAAAUUGAAAUUUUAUAAGUAUAUAUAAUAAAAUUCUGGUGGAUUUCAUUAUGAUAUGUUUACCGACAUGAUUUUGCGUAAUGUAGGAACAAGCAUAAAAAAGAACCAGAGAUAAAUCAUAUAAUCUAUUUUUAUAAUAUACAUUUUUAUAACUUAUAAUUAAUAGAAUUUGACAGACGAACAUAUAAAAAUGACUGAAGAACAGUUGCCAACAGAGAUAACUAAACAUAGUUUUCGUCAAAAAGUAUGGGAUUACUUGAUGAAAAAUGACUUAGUCAAUUUUCCUCUUACUGUAUACAAUCGCAUACCAAAUUUCAAAGGUGCUGCUGAAGCAGCACAGCGCUUGACAGAGUUGGAAGUCUUCAAGCAGGCAAAAGUGAUAAAGAUAAAUCCAGACAAACCCCAAGAACCUGUAAGAUUCUUAGCAUUAGAAGCCAAUAUGGAAAUAUUAGUUCCAAUUCCCAGACUAAGAUCUGGUUUGUUUCUUCAUGUUACACCAGUUGCUGGUUCUUCAAAAAAUGAACUGAGAACAUUAUCAAAAAUUCAUGGCUUGACAGAAGCUGGUAAACCACUUGGUAUAGAUUCCAAAAUAAAGAUAGAUCUUGUAGUACUAGGAUCUGUAUGCGUCAGUCCUGAUGGAUAUAGACUCGGUAAAGGUAAAGGAUUUGCAGAUUUAGAAUUUGCUAUGAUGAUGAGGAUGGGUGCAGUCACACAAGAUACUAUAGUUGUCACAACUGUGCAUGACUGUCAAAUUUUUGAUAGUCUUCCACCUCAAAUAUUUAAAGAAUAUGAUGUACCUGUUGAUAUAAUUGUUACACCUACUCAAACAAUAAUAGUAAAUCCAAAAUUAAAGAAGCCUGGUUGUAUUAUGUGGCAUAUGCUUAGUGAAAGAAGAAUCAAAUCUAUGCCUGUACUACAGCAGUUAAGAGAAGUGGAUGAAAAAGAAGGCAAGAUACUAAAUAGUUGUGCUUUUUCUAGAGAAGGCAAAGUAGUAACUUUGAAAGAAGAGGAUUCAGAUAUAGAAACACAAAAAACUUAUCGUUCUAAUUAUGUAAAAAAUAAGAAACGUUUCAAGACAAAAAAGAUUGUUUCAAAUGAUAAUAAUAUUGGCGAAGAAGAAGAGAAACAAGUAAAAACACGUUUUCUUAAAAAACGUACAUUUAAUAAGGUCAAUUCAAGAGACAAUAAUGUAUUUUCCAAUGUUGCAGAGGAGAAAAUGGAAAGAAAUGAUAAGAAUAUACAGCAACGUCGCAAAAAUCUAAAACUAAAGUCUAAAUCUCAGGUUGAAUUUUCCUUAAAAUUAUCAAAUAUUUCAUCUGGUGCUAGAAUACGUGAUUUGAAAAACGCUUUGUUAGAGCGUGGUAUUAAACCAAAUGAAAUAACUUGGUUAGGACAUCGAGGUAUUUGUUAUCUUCACUUCAAUAAAUUGAGAAAAAAUAAUGAUUUACCAGACAAACCGAUACAAGUUGAUUCAAUAAUGGCAAAUUUGCAACAGCUAUGUAUUGGAGUGGAAUCUACCGAAAAUAUUAACGUGCGUGACUUCAUAAUAGUAGAACCUGCUAAACCAAUAUCUAGAAUCGAAGUCACAGACAUGACUUCGGUUUAAAAAACAGUUAAAUUUUAGAAAAUGCACAAUGAUUUGGAAUAAUAUGUAUUAUUCUAAAUAAUUGUACAAUAUCUGUUAGUAUUCGACGCAUAUUUUGUAAAUGUGCUUGUCGAUGUUUGCUAACUUUGUAAAUUGAUGGUUGUAAAUUGAUGGUUUAUAAAAAUCAAAGUAUAUAAAACUUUAUAGAUAAUUUACAAUGUAUUUUAUAUAAACAAUAAGAGAAAAAUAAUUAUAUAUGUUAUAUAUAAC